GAUAGUCUCUCCUAAACCCUUUUCGAAUUUUAGAUAAUGCUUUCUGGCGUCCAAACUAAUUAAUUAGGCCUUAUUAUAUUGACGAUGCGGCGGCACUGCGCGAAUAGCAAACUCGCAGGCGAAGGGAACUAUCCAGACAUUCAAGCAGCCCGCCCCAAUGCUGUCGACCUACGUAGUACCGUGGAUUAUCACAACAGCCUUCUCGAUCAGGCUCGACAGCAACACGAGCUAGCGCAACCUCCGAAGGCGCAUUCACACCGAGGCCAUUCAGGACCGAAUCACCACUCGCUUAGUUCGCUCCGACAAUGGUUAGGCACGACGGUCAAUAGCAAUAGUACGGCUAGGAAAAUGACUAAAAAUGAGAGGGAUCAGCCCAGUUGCGACACGGCGCUACCGCCGCAUCCACAUCUCACACGAAAGGAAAUUGAGGAAUUUGAAGCUCUUCCCAUAGCUAUCAGGCGAAAAUAUUUCUCCACCUUGGAGCGUUUACGUCUUGCUCAGACAAUUGGUAUCUUGGACCCCUCCAACCCACCCGACAAGGAGUUUCGUCGACAUCAGCGUCGUGGAGCAUCGCUCGGCAUUAUCGUCCCCCGAAGGCCAGUAGAGCGACCGAUUACCUCUCCAGCUUAUCAGGACAACAUAAUUUUUACCGACAGUGCGUUCCUGGCUAAGCUUCCCGCCAAGAUCAGGGAGAAACACCUGACCAGGGAGGAGCAAGUCCUUGUCGCCAGACAAUUGAGGCAGAGCGUCAUCUUGGAUGCUGCUGACGAAGCGUUCUUCAGAGCUGGCCGUCUUGCAAACAGGCGCCCUUCUCCACCUCCAGUAUAUCCACCAACGUUGUCUUCGUCAGAGCGACCUAGCAUGGAGUCUCUACUAAGCGACAAUGCUUCCGCUGGAAAGCGUGAUUCGCUCUACGAUAGCUUCCGAUGGCUGGAUGAAGAAGAGGAUCUUAAUCUACGCCUUGCUCUCGACGACUACCACGCGAAUUUAAAGGAAUCGGCACCCAUACCUACUAAAGACGUAAUGCCCCCUUCGUUCCGUCGACAUAUGUCUUUUUCCAAGGUCCCAUUUGGUCGCACAUCUGUCUCGUCGAGUCGACCGGGAACCAAAGAUGCGCAGCAGCCACCCCCCUCCGCCAACUCAACUUCUGCUGCUACCUUAGUUGGCCACCCGCAACCCGGACGCCGGAAAUCCAGAGCGCUGUCGCUUAUUACUCCGAAGCAUGCUCCUCAUGAGUCAAUUUCUUCAAUCGACCCCAGCGCUACCCAUUAUCAGGAUCCUGAAGCGCGCUUGAAGCUGCGAGUCUACCUAGCUUCACCACAGAAGUUUGAUGAAGCAAUCGAAUUCGGGUUUCCCUCGAGCGAUUCUUCGGCUAUUCCAUAUAGAGACUUACCAAGCACGAAGGGCCAGUCUGACGGGAUCCUUUCUCCGGACUCUGAGAAAUUCAAAACAUUUCUAGAAGAUGAUAAGUCGUCAAUUUAUAGUGACGACGUAUCACUACCGGAUCCCGAAUCGCCUAAGACUCCCGACACGCUAGAUAAACGGGACAAGUCGCUUCAACAACCGCGCACCAAUGAUUAUCCAUCUAAAUCAUCAGAAGCUUAUGCGCAGGUACCUGCAGCUUCCCGCGAGAUGACGUUACGUAUGACGCUUACGCGACCCGAUCUACGGGCCUGCGAAGAUCAGAUGUACGGAUGGCAACCAGCGCCACGGCCGUACUCUAGCAAACCGUCGCAAGUACUUGCAUUGCGGGACGAUGCCCAUAUUUCUGCUCCGCAUACUAGUCACGGUGCUAAAGCGAGCAUAGACAAGAUUUUCGCGGAUAUCGACCACGAACUCGGUCUUCCUGCUCCUACGGAGAACAAUGUUGUGAAGCGCUUCUGGAACAAAGUACGAAGAGGUUAAACUUGACAGGUCGGCUGCAGCGGGAAUGAGCAACUGGAGCGACCGGAUUACCUUACGGUUACGCGACUUUCCGACGUAGCUUUUCUCUCACCACGACAUUUAUUACUAUCCCAUCCAUUAGACUCUUUUUGUCUCAUGCCGGUACCAUACUUUUGAUUAUUCAUUUUGCGAAACGAAUCUCACGCCUAAGAGUUGCGGAGGGGAAACAAAUGACAUGGGAUUGCGAUAAGCAUAUCCAAUUCGGCGUUCAUGUAUAUGGAAAUAUGAUCAAUCAUUGCCUGGAGUUACGGAGGGGGUUUUCUUUGGGGGGCAAGGUAUUAAAAUGUGUUAUUGAUUGUUGUAGGGCCGUUUGUUGUUUAUAGGCCUAGUACGAGACAUGUCUUAAGGAAGAGCGGGAGUAGAAAGCAAUAGUGUCGCAAUUCCAAAAAGCCCCCC